ACUCCAACUAUUUAAUUAUGACUAUUAUUUUGAAAAAUGGUGCUGUUCAAAAAGGCUAUUUGUCAGCUACCCAAGUACAUUAUGAGGAAGAAGAUGAUGAUGAUGAUGUUGUUUUCCAGAUCUCAGGGGAAAGAGGAAGAGGCGGAGCGCAUGCUGAAAGAAUCGAUUCGGUUCGGCCCUCAUUUCGCAGAUGCGUACUCCAGUCUCGCCUCUCUAUAUGCUGACCAGGGACACUCAAAAGAAGCGAAUGAGAUUUAUACCAAGGGUAUUGAGAACUGUCCUGAAAGUUCUGACCUACAUAACAACUAUGGCGUGUUCCUGGUGGACACAGGUCGUGGGGAUCGUGCGGCCUUUCAUUACCAGGAAGCUGUGCGUCUCAAGCCAGCUCAUUAUGUUGCCAUGGUGAACCUGGGUCGUCUUCUCCGCUCAUCCAAUGAUAAUAAAGAGGCAGAGCUGUGGUACAAAAGGGCCCUGCAAGUGGUCCGUAAAGUGGAUAUCCUGACUCCUCUGGGUGCUUUAUACUACAACACAGGUAGAUAUGAGGAGGCUCUGGAGGUUUACAGAGAGGCGUCCACACUGCAGCCUGACAGCACAGAUAUCUGGCUAGCCCUGGCGCAGGUUUUAGCCAUGGCAGGUCGCUCUACGGAGGCAGAGAAAAUGACCCUGGGCAUCAUUUCAAAGACCAGCAACUGCAUUGAAUGUUACCGCUUGUUGUCUGCCAUCUACAGCAAACAAGGCAACCACACUGAGGCUCUGGAUGCAUUGAAGACGGCACUGCAGCAGGAAUCUUCAGAGCCUGCGGUGAGGGCAGAGCUGCACUUCUCAAUGGGAAACCAGCUUCGAGAAAUGAACGAGCUGGAUCGAGCCUUCCAGAGCUACAAGCUUGCUGUGGAGCUCAAACCCGAGCAGUCGCAAGCCUGGAUGAAUAUGGGUGGCAUUCAGCAUAUCAAGGGAGACUAUGCAGCAGCACGAAUGUACUACCAAAGAGCUCUUCUCCUCUCCCCCGACUCCAAACUGCUGAAGGAGAAUCUGGCCAAGCUGGACAGACUGGAGAAAAAGCUGCAAGGGGCCUAGAAGAACAGCGUGACCCAAACCAUCAGCCAAAUGAUGGAGGACAAGAGAGGCAGAAGAGCCCAAAUAAGACUCAGGAGAUGAUUAAUGACUGCUUUUUCCCCUCCAUGCUUUACACAGGGGGCUCUAGGAUACAACUCCUCCAAAUAUGACUCUUUUUAAGCCACUACAUCCAGGGCUGGACAUGCAGAUACCACUGACCUCCCCUACAUGAAAAAGUACUAUAAUAACUUACAGAAAAAAAAUGAUAGUGUUUUAAACCAUACUUUAGUAAAGCACUUGAAUUAAUGCAUUAGUUCACGAUACUUGCUAAAUGAACACAGUCACUAUAGUAGUAUAAACAAAUGUGGUGGUUCUACAGUUGCUAUGGUAACACAAAAGCUGUAGUGAUAUAAGCAGAUUUGGUGAUACUAUAGUUGUUAUGGCAACACAACCACUGUAGUAAUAUAAACAAAUGUGGUAAUUCUAUAGUUGCUAUGGUAACACAACAGCUGUAGUAAUAUAAACAAUGUGGUGAUUCUACAGUUGCUAUGGUAACACCACAACUGAAAUGUACACAGAUGUGAUGAUUCUAUAGUUGCUAUGGUAACACAACACCUAAAAUGUAAACAGACGUGAUGAUUCUAUAGUUGCUAUGGUAACACAACACCUAAAAUGUAAACAGACGUGAUGAUUCUAUAGUUGCUAUGGUACCACAACUAUAGUAGGAAAACACUUUGAUUCAAUAGUUAAUAUGGAAACAACAACUAUAGUAAUAUAAACAAACAUGCUAAUUCUGUAGUUGCUAUGGUUACAUAACCACUAUAGUAAUAUAAACAAACAAUUAAUGGUUCUAUAGUUGCUAUGGUAACAUUAAAACUAGUCAUUUAAAAAGAAAUGGUGAUUCUAUUGUUGUUAUGGUAACACAACUACAGUAGCAUUAAAUGUGAUUUAAUAGUUACUAUGGAAACAAUAACUAUGGUAAAAUAAACAAACUGGGUGGUUCUAUAGUUGCCAUGGUAACACAACCACUAGUAAUAUAAACAAACAAUUGGUCAUUCUAGUUGCUAUGGUAACACCAAAACUAUAGUAAUUAAAAGGAUGUGGUGAUUCUAUAGUUGCUAUGGUAACAUGAAAACCAUAGUAAUACAAACAAAUGAGGUGAUUCUAUAGUUGCUAUGGUAACACAACAACUAUAGUAAUAUAAACAAAUGAGGUGAUUCUAUCGUAGCUAUGGUAACACGAAAACUAUAGUAAUAUAAACAAAUGUGGUGAUUCUAUAGUUGCUAUAGUAACACAACAACUAUAGUAAUUUAAACAAGCAGGCUGAUUCUAUAGUUGCUAUGGUAAAACGAAAACUAUAGUCAAAUGGCCCAAUACUGUAGUUUCCUUCAACUAUAGUGCAUUGUAUACUACAAUACACCACAGUUUACUGUAGUAAAAACUACAAUAUUUAUUACAGUUUAUCAGUUCACUAUAUUUAAUACUACAGUGUGUUGCUGGAGUAUUCGUUAAAGAGUUGUAGAUAUUCUAAUAUAUGCAGUAUAAUACACUUUACUAAAGUAUGGUUCGUAAACACUGUAGUAUUUACUAUAAAUACUAUAGUAUUUUCAUCAUGUGGCACAGCAGCAUAUUUCAGAAGUUCUCGCCAUUUUCCCUGUUUGUUCUUGAUUUAUUCCAGGAUGUUCGAUCUCUGAGAGGGAUUUUUUGGGAUGUGGGGUCGUUCCACUCGACCGCUGCGACUCUGUUCUGCUUCACUGAUUGCAAAGCCUCUGAAAGCGUUUUGGACAAAUGCUGCGAGUUGUUAUGAAAUAUGACUGGGCAUCUACUAUGUUCCAUGAACAUGGCAGAUUUUUACAUAAGAAGUGAUUUUAAAUGAAGGAAAAGCCACAGGGUUUUCCAUCGUGUGCUUUAAUUUGAUUGUUUAUCAAGCGUCAAUGUUGUGGAAUGUAUUUUGGACUAAAGGCGUAUUGACCUGUGCAGUGAAUUACAUAUCAUAUUUUUCCUCCUCGAUAAGCUAGAAUGCUGAAUUCAGUUUCAAUUUCAAUCAGGGCUUGAUGUUAAUAUUUUUAACCUAGUGGUUUUCCAAAGUUACAAGUGGCUAAUUUUGUUUUAUUAUUAUUAAACCUGACCAUUGCAUGCUAAAAUUUGCUUGUCAGGGCAUUUUUUUCUUACUUAAAUGACAUUUUCCCCUAACCUUUUAUAAUUCGUCAUUUUUUUAAAUACUUUUAUGAAAAUACAAUAAAAAUGAAAUGAAAAUGGCACUUAAAUAUGCAUUCACAGUCAGAUUAAUGAAGCUCAAAUAUAGCAUGAGUGCAUUAACUGCAAAAAUAAGCUUAUGAUCUACCAUUUCUUUUUAAUAUACACAUUUAAAAUGCAGUCAUACCUUUGAAUAUGAAAGUAAACCAAGUAGCUUUUUUUAAAGACUCAGCCAUUCAUCGCAAAAAAAAAAAAACAGCAUCUAAAAUGUGAGUCACUUAAUAAUAUUAAAACUCCUCCAAUCUGAAUAGUCAAAACUGAAAGGAUGAGGAUGGAUAUUUGUAAAAGAAGCAUCCCUGAUCAUCACACUAAUUAACAAGAGGAUGAUCGGACAAACUAAACAGUCAAAACUCAAAUGAUGAGGAUGGAUAUUUGUGAGAACAGCAUCUCUGAUCAUUAAAAUGAUUAAGCAGACAAUGAUCAGAUGUUAUAAAUGUAGCAUAUUUGUUUGUGUGUUUAGGGUUCAGGUUAGUCUUCAGUUGUUUUGAUGUUCAUGAAAAUCUAAAGUCUCUGUCACACACGAACAGGCAGCAAGAGCCUCGACUGAAAAUCUCAAUGAAUCUCUUUCAUGUUGAAGAUUACCUGUCGCACUGGGCUCUCACUUGCUCUUCAGAAAAAUCCACUUAUCCCGAACAAGCCUUACUGUCAAGUCCUGUUAAAUAAAAUCCAUCUUUCCAAUGUG